AACCGCCCCGCCCGAAUCAUCCAUCUCCGCCCGCACCACCAUCGCCUUCCAAAAUCUCUACGCGCCCGCGCUAGUAUAUACUCUUCGCCUCCGCCCGCCCGCCCACCUCCGCCGCACCAAAUCAAACCAACCCUGCUCUGCGGCAUAAUCGCAAACACCUCUCGUGCGCCCGCCGCCGCGCCGCCGCUGCGUUCCGGCCGGAAAAAGCGCCCCGAUGGGCAAGAAGAGCGAUCACAGGAAGGCGGAGGCGAAGCUGCGCGCGGAGGCGGAGGCGGCGCUGAAGCUCGAGUUCGACGGCCGCCACGAGGAGGCGAUCGCGCGCGUCGACGAUCUCGCGGCCAGGCACGAGGAAUCCGCUCCCGUGCUCCACCUCGCGGCCAACGUCCACGACGCCGCCGCCAAUCGCGCCUACCGCGCGGGCGACGACGACGCUUCGGCGCGACACUACCGCACGGCGCGCGGCUACCUCAUCAAGGCCAGGGAGCUGGUCCCCAACUGCAUCUCCAUCUCCAACUUCCUAGCGAAGGUGCUCUUCAGGUCCGGCGAGGUCGACGAGGCGGAGAAGGUGGCACGUGAAGCCGUCGGGAUCGCCGACCCCGUCGACCCGGCGAAAAACAACGUCGCCUACGCCUCCCGUGCAGCCAACACCACCAGGGACCAGAGGGUGCUGAACUGCAGGAAUCUGGCUCGCCAGACCCUCGGGGAGAUUGGUCGUUCCGGAUUGCCCGCCCGCGUCAGCGAGGUGCUCAAGCUCGACACCGGCGCCCAUGACGGGUCGCGCGAGGCGCUCACCAAGGCCAAAGAACUCGCCAAGAGCUACCCCUCCUCGUCGCGCGCGCAGUUACUGUUCGCACACAUGCAGCUUCAGCGCGUGCGCCUCCUUCACCCGGACAUGGACAGGCGAGGCUUUCUGGAUCGUAUCCGCGCAGACGUGAAACAGGCAAUUGCGAGCACCUUCGGUAACUCGCUCGUCUUCGCCAUGUUCCACGCCAAGCUCUGUUUCGUCCUGGGCCUGUAUGCGGAUGCGCACUUUGAGUGCGUACGGGCAUUCGACAUGCCGGAGCCUGUUGACCCCAGGCUGGAGGACGUCCCUCCUCGUUCUGUCCAAGGAGACACGCUUGAGCUUAGGCUACGGUCUGUAGACGAGGAGCUCGGACGCUUGGUCAACAAGCUCUUUUCGGUGGCCGAUGCUUUCCGGUGCUCAAUGGCACGCGACAGGCAGGCCGGCUUCCUAUCACUGGGACUCCUUCAACUGCAAGACUACUAUCAUCAAAACUUUGGAAGCUACCAAUGGGCUGUGGCACAAACCAUAUCUGAUGCACUCACCUUUGUCAGCCAAAACAGGUCAUGGAGGUUUUGGAUUUGCCCCUUUUGUGCUGGCAACAAGUUACCAAAUACAGAUUCUCUCCUGGAACACAUCAACAGCAAGCACCUCCGGAAGCUUCGCUCAUUGUUUGGUUCAGUGCUCCCUCAAUAUUUCAUUGAGGAUGAUGUUUUGGAUGACAUAACCAUCUACCAAGAUUCAGAGGGCCACCACUUCUUCCGUUUCAAUAACAAGGAUUAUGUAUUUGCAUGCUUGUCUGUUCCGACUCAAGAACUGUCAAUUGCUGGAGUACAAGACAAGAUAUGCCAACGAGGAAAGGAGAUCCUACAAGAUAUCGAGGUCAAGUUGAAGAGCUUGCCUGCAGACGAAUUAAGCGCUGAGUUUGAUACGGCUUGUUCUGAAAUCCAACACCUGUGGGAUGCUUUUCUCAGGAACUCUUUUUUGGAUUAUCGCAUUCUCAUCAAGAAAUUGGCAAGACCCUUCAUAUGGACUAAGUUAUUACAAUCCUUGAGUGAAGACAAAGCUGCCAGUAAGAUUUCCAAUGCUGAUAUUGAUGUGAUAUUCCCUAAUGUUGUCGAUGUGCGUGAGGUUCAUGCUGAAGAUAAUGUGGGAAGAUUGGAGAUACAUCCAAAUUCUAGCAUUGCAGAUGUUCAAAGUGGCGCAGCAGGCCUGAAAUAUGUGCCCAGCAAUGCAAAUGAGAAUAGUGCCUCAAACCUUUUAGGUAUUCACCUGUAAUUUAAACAGCCAAAGGAAUUUUGUACUCCAUAUAGCAAGAAUAAGUAGGAUCGUAAGUAUAUUUCUAUAAGUUAUACCAAUGCAUGGCUCAUAGAUGGAGCUCCCUUGCUGGGUUAUCAAGAAUUUCUAGUAGUGGCACUAUGCAGUUCAUAUUCAAUAUGUCAUACUCUGUGCAGCAAGCAAAAGGAAGGAUCAUAAGUUUUCAUAAGUUACACUAAUGCAUCUCUCUUGGUGGAGCUCCAUUUCUGGGUUUGUAAGAAUUUCUAGCAGGAGCACUAUGUAGUUGACAUUCCAUCAAUAUUUGCAGAUAUUUAAAUGUAUCAUUGAACUCGUUAAAUUACUCUUCCACUCCUAUCCAUAGAAAGUUAGGUGCUAGAUGCCUAAAUUCUGGUUAUCCCAGGUUUUGAUGGGUACUAUCUAUUAACAAAUCUUCUUGCAUAAAUUCAGCUGCGUGUCGUACUAGACCAACUCAUUUGUCGGUCUGGAUUUCAGCACCUGGAAAACCUUUCGAAAGGCUAGGCCUGAGCCUGUAUCAGCCCGAAACCAAAAAGUUCAGCAUUUUACAAUUUCUUGCAAUACAGUGUUGGCUUAUUAUUUUAUUUCUUUUUUGGUCAUUGAUCUGAAAUUUGACCCACACCUCAGAAAACUGUACUGGUCAGGCCACCCAUGAAUUAGGUCUAGCCUGGACAGAAGUUCUGCAUUACCGAGAGGACCAUGCUGUACAGGUUAUCUUAGAUUCUUAGGAGAAAGUUCUCUCUAGAACUGGCUUUGAACAUCCUUUUUACUCGCCGGUCGUUUACUUAGAUAACUCUGUACUGAUAUAACAUUAGUCGAUUGUAAUAACUAGCAAAUGGAAUAAAACUAAGAAGCAGGUUUUACAUUUAUGGGGUUCUGUGGUGCAAAGGAGAUCCCUCGAUAAUUGGAUGACUAUGUUACAAUCGAUUGUAACUUAAUCAAGUAAGUAUGUAUAGGCAAGUCAAGUGAUAACUGGUCAGUGCUAAACAAACUCAAACUUCUCAGUGCUGUCAUCUUUCAAAUCUGUUUAGUAAUGCAGAAAAAUGUUAUUUGUUCUGAUCUUGCAAUCUUAUCCAGGGUCUUCUAGCCAAUCUUCUCAGGAAACAAGCAUUUCCCUUUAUCGAAAGAGUAUCGAAGUUCUCGGCAAAGAUACUGACAUCUUUGUCUUGAAUUUCAUCAUUCAGAUAUUAUGGAAUUGGAGGGGUUUCAGAGAUGAAUUUCUAAAGAGACGACCUGUGUGCACCCUGCCAAGCCAUCAAGGCCCCUGCAUUAGUCAAAUGUUAUACACUAUCUUCUCUGGCUGGCAGAAAGAUGAUCACCACAGAACUUAUUCACUGAUUUCUAUCAGGGACACAAUAUGCCAAGUUUUAAGUGACAGCACUGUAUUUCAAAAUGUUAAAGUAAAUACAUCUUCUUACAUUGUAACCACCAUUCUUAACGCAUUGCUAAUGCCAGAAGUUUUUCUGGAAGUACACUAUCCUAAGGAUGUUGAGACGUUGAAACAGCCAGCCAAUCCAGCAAUGGUGCUGUGCAAUAAAGCAAUAAUCUGUGAGGGGUUUGGCAUUAAAAAUUCUACUGCAUGUGGCGAUAAACCCAAUGCAGAGCCACUUCAAAUAGAAAAGGGAAAGUCAAUUGCAGAUGACAAAUGCAGGCAAGUUGAUCCGCUUUCUGUUAGCACGCCAGAGUUCUCUACAGUAGUCAUGCACUGUGCAAUGGCUGAGAGGGAAAACCAGCGCACCCUCCGCGAAGUGAUAAAGAGCCUGACAUUGGACCCUGAUUACUUCUUCUUCCUUGAUGAUCCAAAUAUAAGUCCUGACACAAUGAAAUGUACAUUUGUCUCAAUGGUUUUCUGAUGAAGGUGAACAAUGAGGUAGUCUGUAUUAUUGGUUGAUACAAAUUGCGCUGAGUGUUUCACAGCAAAUUUACCAGUUCGUUGUGUUAUUGUUUUGACUGGUGUUGGAUGCUACGUUCCUUUAAGGUGCACCCACGUAUGUUAAAUCCCUCAAUACAUGCUGGAAUAAAACAAUGUAUAUGAGAAAGGUAUUGUAUUAAGAAAGCUGGAGUUGCUCUGGAGUCUGAAUCGAGGUAUUUUCUGAGAUCGUUUAUAGCAAUGUUACAGGAGGUUGUUCAAGGUUCUUAAAGCUACCGUUGCCAGAGUUGGUCUCAUAUUACAAUAUAUUUUGGGAAGUUUUCUGGCUGCGUUUUUUUUGUCAAGUAAAUCUUAGUGGGCUGCGAACUGUCAAAUGGUUUGCAUGUGACACUUAAGAUGCACCUGUAAUUCAUAUGUAAUUACAUUGUGGAUGAUUGCAAGACAAGAAUUUGUGCGGUAAUCAAGCAUAUGUAUGGGCAGUAAAGGAAACAACAGAACUGAACGUAAUUGAGUGGUCAUUGGAGAAGUACUGUGUGAAUAGGUAAUCUUGUCAGAACUUGCAAGCUCGGAUAGUCACAGUUCCUGGUUUUUGUAUCUUUCAUGAAAUGGUUUCAUACAAUGGCAUGUAUUAGCUGCAGGAAAUAUCUUUUAUCAUGAAGGGAAGCUUCUCGGUAUUGUUCGAGAGUACCAGAAUAAGUGGCUCGUAUUCGUACAUAACGAUGCUGUGGCUACGGAGUUUAAUUCCUGGGAAGAUUUGCUACAUGGUUAUGGAGACCAUGAGAUACAACAUUGUGUUUACUUUUUCGAGAUCAUCAAGAUCAUCAUCAAAUAGACAGGAUUCCAAAGAGAUUGUGUUUCUGCACAAAGACAUGCUCCCCAACCUCUUAGCUCCAGUGGUGUGGGACCAACAUCUGAGGAGAAAAGAGUUUAGAUCCCACCUUUUCUUAGGAAGCUUAUUACAUACCACUUGGUGGUACCCGGUUUGGCUGGUAAUGUGGGAAUAUGGCGUUGAACCUUAAUUGGAUGCUGAUCAUGGACGAGAAACGAGAUAAUUCUUGUUUGUUCGGUGUA